AUAGGUUUGAGACCGCCCCUAUCAUCGAGGAGCAUUACAAGCGUCGGUUAUACAUACGGUUGUGUGGCACAGAGAUCAUCUGCUAUAAACAUAUGACACAUUUAUCCAAGACAGAUGUAAGCAGAUUAAAUGUUGUAGCUGCUGCAAUCUGACCUUUGAAAAGGCGGCACACUGCACUAGACCAUUAAGGAAUAAUGGUGAAAAGCAGAGUCAGAUAUUCAAAAGUUGAUGGUUCAUCACCAGAUUUCCAAGAUGAACUUGAAUCAGUGGCCCUCAUCAAAGAAAACUCAGAUGAUGAAGUGGCGAUUUAUAAGCAGAGGACUUCUGGGUUGGCCAAGACCACUUUUACAGCUGAGGAGGGGGUUGAGGCUAUUGGCUUCGGACUCUUCCAAAUUCGUCUCUACAUUAUCUGUGGACUCUUUACGGCUGCAGACUCUCUGGAGAUGAUGCUGCUGGCUGUGUUAUCCCCAGUACUGCGCUGUGAGUGGCAGCUUGAACAGUUCCAAGUUGCCUUCAUCACCACGGUGGUUUUCAUAGGAAUGUGCAUUAUGGCCCCCGUCUGGGGAUUUAUGGGCGACAAAUAUGGCCGACAAACAACCCUGUACAUGGUGGCAAUAUGGAUCGGGUACUUCGGCCUCUUGACGUCCUUCAGCCCCUCGUACAAGUGGAUCCUGAUCCUUCGAGGUCUGGUGGGUGGGGGAAUGGCUGGAUCACCACAAGCGUUCACCUUGUUAACAGAAUACUUGCCAUCUAAAUACAGGGCCAAACUGUUAAAUGUCACUGGUAUCAGCUGGGCGUUUGGUACGAUGUUUGAGAUCGUGCUGGCCUCCGUUGUGAUACCAACCCUGGGCUGGAGGUGGCUAAUGGUGCUGUCCGCCAUACCAUCAUUCCUCAUACUGAUUCUCUUAAAGUUUCUACCAGAGUCAGCACGGUACCUGGUUGCGGCAGGCAGGGAGUACGAGGCACAAGUUGUACUUGAGAAAGCGGCAAAGUUGAACAGGAACAGCCUGCCUGCUGGGACCAUAACCAACCCUCCCUCUCAGUCAAAACAGGGAAGCCCCAGAGACCUGUUUUCUCGCACGUACUGUGUAACGACCCUCAUGGUAUGGAUUCUGUGGUUUGGGACAGCCCUCUCCUACUACGGAAUGGUACUGGCCAGUGCUGAAAUCCUGCAGAUAAAAAAUGCCAACCAGUCGGGUGAAAAGUGCAAGUGUAACCUUCUCAAGAAAGACGACUACACCAGCAUGAUUGUCUCAACACUAGGAGAAUUCAUUGCCCUUCCACUGAACAUAUUUCUCAUUGAUCUCGUGGGACGUCGGUGGACAGGGGCUGUCAACCUGUUUGGGUGCGGUCUUUUCUUCAUUCUUCUUCAACUGCCAGUACCCAUGACCGUGUUGACUGGCUUCAUCUUCCUAGUGAGGGGUUUCUCUGCAGGGAUGUUCAACUUUGUCUACAUUUACACAUCUGAGGUGUACCCAACCACUAUACGAACUCUGGGCAUAGGAGCCGCGUCUUCCUGGGCUCGAGUAGGUGCCAUGGUGACCCCUUUCCUAGCACAGGUGCUGUUGGACACUUCCCUCACUGCUGCAGUAUGGGUGUAUGGCAGUAUAGGCUUCAUUUGUGCUGUAUGUGCAGUAUUACUUCCUAUAGAAACCAAGGGCAGAGAACUACCAUGGUUAACUUUGGUCGUCUUUUCCCCAAUCAAGUCUGAGCUGUGAGAUUGGAUAUCAAAAACUCAUUUGUUGUGAUUUUUUAUAUACUGGUGCAAAUGUAUAAUGCAUUUUAUUCGUGAGUAAAUGGCAAUAGAUUAAAUUAUACAUGUAUAGCAUGUUCUUAGCCUUGGUUUUGUUACUGACUUGUUGAAUAUAAGUAAAUAAACUUUGUAUUUAUGCUUCUUGUUUGAUCUGUAUUUUAAAACUGUUUUUUUUUCAAUGCAAUAAAUAUAAUUGUGCAGUGUAAAUACAGUAAAAACUCUUAGCGAACAGCUCACAAUUAUGACCAACACACCAACUUGCUACGACCAUUUUUCCUUCUAUAUUUCAAUGGUUGUUACACUCGCUUAGCCAACCAAGCUCUUUAAUCAGUGUCAAUCAACAAAAUUGCUCUAAAUUGACAAUUUCAUACCUUGCUUGAUUCGAUGUCCUAAUUCGAUGGGGUUUGUGUUUGAAUUCAUUGUUACCUUCCACUGCAUAGGAAUUAAAUAUGUGUGACAUGUUCUAAACCUUGCCUAAUGUUAUUCCAUAGUUUCAUUACUGUUUUGGAUGGAUAGGAAUGUUUAUUUACAUGUUUUAGCUUUAUUUUAAAACCGUAUUACAAUUUAAUGAAAUGUAAAUAAUUGUCCCCUACCGGUAAAACCGGAAGGGACGUAAUGGUGUGCGCUCUGUCUGUCUGUCUGUCACACUUUUCUGGAUCCUGUGAUAACUUUGAAAGUUCUUCAUAUUUUUUCAUGAAACUUGAAACAUGGAUAGAUGGCUACAUGGAGAUUAUGCACGUCAUUUUGAUCCUAUGUCAUGAACUCUGGUUGCUAUGGCAACAAGUACAUAAAAAAAAUACUGACAAUGGUGGAGUUUCACCGGUAGGAGACCAUAUUGCUUGGCAAUCUCUUGUUGAUUUUUAUUAUCAAUCACCAAUGUUCUUUGAAAUAGACAUGUACUUUUAAUCUACCUAUAGAUAUAUGUCAUCUUAUAAUGUGCUUGUACUGCUUCACUGAGGUCUUUUGAUUGAGAAACGCACAUGUCUUCAGGAGUAAUGGUUGUCAUAGUUCACAAUAUGAAAAAAACAAACUGUAUUCAAUAGAUUGAAAAAAAUCAUACUACUUUUUAAUUUGUUCAGUGAAGUUGAACCCUGAAAUGCUCACAAGUAAAUAAACCAAUGUGGUUUAUAUAAGGCAAAACACUGCCUCACCAGUAACAGCUGGUUUCUAGAAGAUUUAACGGUAAUCUAAACUUUCCAACUAUUUCAAAUGAAAUGCAGCUUUAAGGACUUUUAAUUGACUCAUGUCAGUGAUAUAAAUACGUGUAAGAUAUUUACAUCAUUAAAUCCUGAGAAUGUG